AGGCUGCACAUUGAUAAGAAACAAAUUGGCCUUUUCACCCUUUCUUCCCCUCUAUAUCUCUCGUUACCCUUUUAAAGUUUAAUUGUUUAGCGGCUUUGUGAGUGUCUGUAUAGAGGUUUUUUAUUUGGUUUGGCUGAUAAUAUACUUCUUUUUCAUGGCUCACUAUUUCUUACUAUUUGGAAUUCCCCCCUUUUUCUGGCCAUUAUUAUUUGGAAGGUUUUUGGAAGAUCAGAUGUUGUAGGGGAGUCAGGCUAACGCUGUUUGUUAUCAUAGGUUGCCUUGCUAUAGCGGUCUUGGCGCCAAUUUCAUCUUGCGGGGUGGAGAUACUUUUCAUACUGGUUUUUGUCCAUGGCCACUGUGAUAUGCAUUAAAGAUGUUGUUUUUAGGACAAUUUCCAAUUUUGCAUGGUUCAGAUCAACAAGGACAAUUUACUGAAGAUGAUGGGUUUCAAUGGAUUUAAACAGAAUCCAGAUAGGUUUAAGCUGUUGUGGGCGCUUUCAAGCUUUAAAACAUGGAAAAUCAUUUCAUUCUUAUUUAAUCAGACUUGGACUGUUGAGUGAAGUAUUUCUUGCAAACAAUACGAUAUCCAUGUAUGUGAAAUGCUCUCAUUUAGAUGACGCACAAAAGCUUUUCGAUGAAAUGCAUGAUCGAAAUAUCAUUGCUUGGACAACAAUGGUAUCCGCUUAUACCAACCGUGGGAGGCCUCGUGAGGGUCUUAAACUUUAUAGUCAGAUGCUGGAAUCUAGAACACAGGAACCCAAUGAAUUUUUGUACUCUGCUGUUUUGAAGGCAUGUAGUCUCGUGGGAGAUGCUGAGUUGGGUAAGCUGAUUCAUCAAGAUAUAUCUAGAGCUAAGUUGAAGUGUGACACUGCUUUGAUGAAUGCACUCCUGGACAUGUAUGCCAAAUGUGGAAAUUUGAGGGAUGCUCAGCAAGUUUUCAACUCAAUCCUGUGUAAAAAUUCAACUACGUGGAACACCCUUAUUUUGGGUUAUACUAAAGAAGGAUUAAUGGACGAAGCCUUGGAAUUGUUCAAUCGAAUGCCAGAACCCGAUCUUGUAACUUGGAACAGUAUCAUUGCUGGCCUCGCAUAUAACGGUAGUCCACAAGCAUUGCAAUUUGUAUCUAUGAUGCAUAGGAGGGGCCUUAAACCAGAUGCAUACACAUUCUCAUGUGCGCUUAAAACCUGCAGUUAUCUUGAUGAUUUAAUCACAGGAGGACAGAUUCAUUGUCAUAUAAUUAAGUCUGGCUUUGAGUCUAACAUUUACAAUAUAUCAGCAUUGGUUGACAUGUAUUCAAAUUGCAAGUUUUUAACUGAAGCAAUCAAGGUAUUUGAUCAAUACUCUACGAGCUGUCCUGUCACUCUAGGUUUGGCGCUCUGGAAUUCUAUGCUUUCUGGAUAUGUUGUCAAUGAAGAUUACACAAAGGCUCUUAAUAUGAUUGCACAUAUUCAUAAUUCUGGUGCACAAUUUGAUUCCUAUUCUUUUAGUAUUGCUUUAAAGAUCUGCAUCUACUUUAAGAAUUUGAGACUGACAUCUCAGGUGCAUGGUUUGGUAAUAACUUGUGGCUAUGAGUUAUACUCUGUUGUUGGAAGCAUUCUUAUUGAUCUAUAUGCAAAACAAGGCAGUAUUGACAGUGCACUUAGAUUGUUUGAAAGGAUGUCAGAUAAGGAUACUGUGGCUUGGUCUAGUUUGAUUGCUGGAUGUGCUAGACUGGGUUUAGGUGCAUUAGCUUUUUCUCUCUUUGCGGAUAUGGUCAAGUUAGAUCUCGAAAUUGACCAAUUUGUCAUAUCCAGCCUUCUUAAAGUUUCUUCAAGUUUAUCAUCUCUGCGAAGUGGCAAGCAAAUCCAUGCUUAUUGUGUCAAAAAGGGAUAUGAAUCAGAAGGUGUUACCAUGACAUCACUUGUUGACAUGUAUGCAAAAUGUGGUGACAUCAAUGAUGGUUUAGCUUUGUUUAGUUGUCUUUCAGAAAUAGAUACUGUAUGUUGGACAGGGAUUAUUGUGGGAUGUGCACAAAAUGGAAGAGCAGUCGAGGCAAUUAGGCUUCUGCAAGAGAUGAUAAAAUCAGGUUUCCAGCCUAAUGAAAUCACCUUUAUUGGUGUUCUUACUGCCUGUAGACACGCUGGUCUAGUCAAGGAGGCAUGGGCUAUAUUUGAUUCUAUUAAAACUGAACAUGGACUAAUACCAUGCCCAGAGCACUACCAUUGUAUGGUUGAUCUGCUUGGCCGAUCAGGACACUUCAAAGAAGCAGCAAAAUUGAUUAAUGACAUGCCAUUUGAACCUGACAAAACCAUAUGGCGCUCUUUGCUCAAUUCAUGUGUCAUGCACAAGAAUCGGGAGCUUGCAAAGAUUGUUGCUGAGCAUCUUCUAGCUACCACACCAGAAGAUGCUUCUACAUAUGUAACGGUGUCAAAUGUAUACGGAGCUCUGGGAAUGUGGGAUAGUUUAAGCCAAGUUAGGGAAGCUGUCAAGACAGUAGGGACAAAGGAAGCUGGAAAAAGCUGGAUUGAAAUUGCGAGUUGAAAAGCUUGAUUUGUUUAUAGCAUGGUUUGGCCAGAUUAAUCCUUAGUAUUAAAAAAC